CCUUUCUCAUAUUACUGUACUCACCUUAUAGCAUCCGAUUCAGUUUCAACUUCCAGCAAGGUUUAUAUUACUUUGUAACUUGUAACUCAAUGACUCAACCUCCGUCCGGCGCGGCAUCUGACAGCGGGAGUCGGAAUCCAAGGCCAUCCCGAAGGCACGCCUGUGACCGAUGCCGCAGUCAGAAGCUCCGCUGCGAUCGGACAGCCCACCGCAUGAAUAUAUCAAUUGUCUGUGAUCGCUGCGCCCGAAACCAUUUCGCUUGUGUUACCAGUGCUCCCAUGCCUAUGGGCCGUCCGCGCUCCUCAAAUCCCAAGGCUCGUUGCCGUCGAAAAACCAACAAGACGUCCGAUGAAUUGGGAUCCACGACCCCACCAUCCUGUUCCACCAUCCAGCAGCCACCCGACCUCGCCAUGGCGAGGUUGGAAAUGGACGCAAUCAAUGAUCUGCCAGACCUCCAUUUCAAUCAGGGGGAUUUAGGCUAUGACCUUGGUUCCUUGAGCAUGGAUGUAUUCGACACCUUUGCUUUCGCCGAUAUGGCCAUGAGCUCGCAGCCUGAAGCAGUCGGCCCCACCAACUCCGCAGCCGUCAAUCCUCAGGAGCAGAAUGUUGAGCACUUGUGGAGGCUUCACAGCACACUGCCAGAUCAUGUAUAUCGGAUCGAAAGUCAGGCGAUAAGCCAGAUCGACCCCUCCAAAAAUGAAUCUUUGCCUGACACGCACCCUUUUGGACCGCAAUGGUCCGACGUCGCGAAUACACAGAGUGACCAUCCGAUGCACCAGAUGAUGCGCUGUUCACAGACAUUCCUCGAGAUCAUUCAAUCCUUUGUCUCCUCCUAUCGCCAGUCGUCCUUGGUAGCGCGAUACAGUCCCGCAGGAAACCUGACCGGCCCGCUUGCCGUCCUUGACAAUUUCGCAGGUUCUGUACCCUUGUCCGAUGUGCACCUGAACGGGUCGACGUUGAAAUUAGACGGAGUACAGCAGGUAACAACCGUCUUGCAGCUGAGCUGCAAUCUACUCGAACGCAUCGACCGCGGCGUGGAGAUCCUAUUGACAGGUGCAGGGCAUAUUCUAUCCGCUCCCGGGACGUAUAUGUCGGUUCUGGAUGCUCUGGUGCAGCAGGAGGCCCGCAGUGGGCGCGGACCUACCCUUCCCGACGGGUCGGGGUCUACCGGGGGCCGGGCCGCUCGACUGGCACCGUCACGCUUGCUUGUCCAGAAAAUCCGCAGGUGUAUUAAUAUUACUUGUUUGUGAGAAUGAUACGGACAAGGAGACAACUUCUUGG